CGCGUUCUGCGUAAAAACAGCGCACAGUUAAUCAGAUUGAAUUCUCCAUUUGGCCUUGAGGACGACUGAAGCUCUUCAAAUUAUGAGCAAAAAAUAAUCAUAACAAUACAAAACAAUAAUAAUUAACCAUGAGCGCGUCCAACUCCUUCCAUAAAGCUGAGAUCAUCACUGCAGUGUCUGUGACAUUUGGAGCUGCAGCAGUGGGAAUCCUCAUCUACAAAACAUUUUUUAGCAAAAGCGAAUGCGUGAAGCCAAAGGUUAACCUUGAUCUGCAGAAAGACAACCCCAAAGUGGUACAUGCAUUUGACAUUGAGGACCUGGGCGACAAAGCUGUGUACUGUAGGUGCUGGAGAUCCAAAAAGUUUCCAUACUGUGAUGGCGCACAUGCUAAACACAAUCAGGAAACGGGAGACAACGUUGGUCCUCUGAUCAUUAAACGCAAGGAGGCAUGAGCAUUUCCACUGUUCAUGACCGUCCAUUCUCAGUGAUUGAGAUUAGUGUGUCUUCGCUUUCCAUGUGUGUUCAGGGCUGAUGGGAUUAAAUGUGUGAUUAUGUAA